CCCGUGGGCGUCCAUGGAAGCAGCGGCGCGGCGGGGCCCGGCCCGAUGAGCGCCCGUCGGGACCGAGCGAAGGGUGCAGGGAGCUAUGGAAGGAGGUGUCGUACGCAUUGGUGACCAGAUCAUACUGGAAGAAGAUUAUGAUGAGACAUAUGUUCCCAGUGAGCAAGAAAUCCUGGAUUUUGCGAGAGACAUCGGCAUUGACCCAAAGGAGGAGCCUGAGCUGAUGUGGCUGGCCAGGGAAGGAAUUGUGGCCCCAUUACCACCCCAGUGGAAGCCCUGCCAGGAUGUCACUGGUGAGAUUUACUAUUUCAACUUCAACAACGGCCAGUCCACGUGGGACCACCCCUGUGAUGACUAUUACAGAGCGCUGGUCGCUCAGGAACGGAGGAAGCUGCUGGCACAUGGCAGCUUGAAAAAGAAAGAAAAGAAGAAGAAAGACAAAAAAGAUAAGAAAGACAAGAAGGAUAAGCAGUCACCGAAGCAGCACACUCCUUCAGGCACCCUGCCAGCACCUGUGCAGGUGCCCCUGGGGAACCUUGCUCCUCUGCGUGGCCCUGUGGCUUCUCCAGCUGGCGUCCUGCGUGCCUCACUGCACUCAGACAUGGGGAGCUCUGUGGAUGCUGGUGUUGCAGACAGAGAGGAAGCUCAGAGUCUCCAUAGGACAACCGGACUCUUCAAAAACCUGCACAUGGAUCUCAGUGCCCUGGGAUGCAGCUUUGAAUCUGAGGAUAACAGCAAAGCAGAGGAGGAGAACUAUGGCGGUCACCUGGCUGAUGUCACUGAAGCUCAUCUCCAGGACCAGAGGAGUCCCAUGGAGGAAGCUGGCAGUCUGAGAGAGAAGGAGUCUUUAAAAUCAAGACAUGCUGAAGAAGAGUCUUCCUUGGAUUCUGGUGACACGUGCCCUCCAACUCCAGUUAAAGCCCUUUCUGGAGAUGCUCACUGUAGGCUGUCUGACCAGAACAAAGAGGAAUCUGAUGAGAAACUCGCUGGGAAUGAAGGACUGGGUGAGAAAGCUGCUGAGGUGCAAGGUGACGUCUCUGCAGCUGAUGAGCUGCCACAGUCUCUGGAGGAAGGGAAAGCAGCAGGGACAGACGUGCCCAGCAGUCCUGGGCAACCUCGAGCUGCAUCUCCAGAUGCUGAAGCUGCUGAAGCAGAUCAGCUGGCAAGCCUGGCUGUCACCGUUGACACCGUGUCUGUUGAUGAAAAUAUAGUAAAUGAAAUGAGGGAGGAAGCAGCUGAUGUGAAAGCUGACAGCAGGCUGGAUGCUGGCAAACCUUCCAAAGUAUCUGAGAGCAGUGAAUGCAUGGAGGACUUGCAGGCUUCUAACCACCUCGACCAGGAGCUGAUCCAGCAUGUGGACUUGGCUUUCCAGAGCCAGUUUUCUGAGCGGGUGUUGGAUGUAGAUGCUCUGUCUCCUGCUUUAGACAAGUCACUAUGCAAGGCCCAGGAGCUGGGAGAAGAGGAAAAAGACCAAAGCAAAGCCAGUAUAGAUGAAGAGCAAAGCAAAAGAACAAAAGCUGCUGUGAGUGAGAGGGAUCAAAGUGGUGGUGAAGCAUCAGAACAGAAGUGUGUUGCUUUAGAAAAUGCCAAUCAAGAGGAGGCUGUGGCCCUGCAGCUGGAUGAGGAAUUGCCGGAUAGCCUAAUCGAUCUGGAAGAACUUGCAGCCCUGCAAGAAGCGCAACCUGAGAAAGAAAUAAAACAAGAGCAGUCCUUGACCCAGUCUAGUGAAGAAUCCCUGGAGGGAAUAGCCAAGGAGCUGGAGAAGGAGGUUGAACAAGACAAAACGCACUCACUGCAAGCAAAGGAGGAGAAAAUCCAGCAAUUCCAAGAGGAAAUGAGGCUACGGGAGGAGGAAGAAACUCAGAAGCUUUAUGAGCGAAAAGAAAAAUCCCUCAGGACACUGAAAGAGGAUUUGGCAAAGGUUUGUGAGGAGGAAGAAUUACGUGUGAGAAAGGAGGAAACUGAAAGACUCUCAAAGCUGCGAGCCACCAUCACCUCUGAGACUGAGGCAGAGAAGGAGAAGAUAAGGGCAGAGCAAGAGCUGGCACUGCAAAAACUAAGAGAAGAGUGGGAAUCCCUGCAGGAAAUGGAGAAGGAGAACUUGGAGAGGAAGAAGCAGCUUGCUUUGGAGAAAAUGAAGCUGGAAAUGGAGGAAGCUCAACAGAAAGAAACAAUCAGGCUAGAAAAAGAGAAGGAACAAUUCCUAAGGGAGCUUAAGGAGAGAUUAGAAAUGGAAAAGAAAAAGGCUGCAGAGGAGCUAGAGAAACAGUUUGCAACUGAACUCCAGCAGCUGAAAUCUGCAGCAGAAGAGAAGCAUCGGAAGGUCACUUCCAGCCUGCAAACCCAGAUAGUGGAGGCACAGAGGAGUGAGGAGGCUUGGUUGCGUGAAGAUUUGCAGAGAGCAGAGGAGAAAGUGCAGCAGAAAUCAUACCAAGUAGCAGAAUAUGAACGUGAGCUCAGUGAGCUUAUGAGUGAGAAACGCCAUGAAGUGGAAAAAGACCAUGAGAGGAAAAUGGAGAGGAUGAAGGAGGAGCACCAGGAGGUCCUAGCAAGGAUUCGGGAUCAGUAUGAAGAGGAGGAAAGAAAGCAAAGAGCAGAGCUGUUUGAAGGCCUGCGAGGUGAGAUGGCUCGCCUCCGACAGCUCCAUGAAGCGGAGGUGAAAACUCUGCAGGCAGAGCUGGAUGAACGUCUGACCGCACUGCAGCACAGGCAUGGGGAGAAGGAAAGAAGACUCCAGGAUUCAGAAAAUGAGCUUGAAAUACGUGCAAGGAACAUUAAAGCAAGAUCAGUGCAGCUUCUUAGCCAGGAGGAGUCUCUGAGAAGGAAAAAGCAGCAGCUGCUAGAUGAAGACAGACGGACUGAGCGAGAAAGAGAUGAAGCUGCUUUAGCUUCUCAGCUCCGCCUGGAGGAGAAUCGGAAGGAGCACACCAACCUUCUUGAGUCCAUCUGGCAACUGCGUAAGGCUCUUGAGGAGCUCCAGGACCAGAAAGCUGAGCUGGAGGCCCAGGUGGAUUUGCUGCAGACUCGAAGCCAGAGGCUGCAGAAGCGUAUCAGUGAGCUUGAGGCAGCUGUCAGGAGCAAGCAGGAGACUUUGAAAGAAUUGGAGGCAGAAGAAAGUGCGGAGUCUCCCAGAAGGAAAGCUGAGCUCCAUGUUGAAGACCUGAGAGAAACUAUUCAUGCUCAUUCAUCCAGAGAGCCUGCUUCCCCGCCUUCUCAAAGCCAUGAAGACAGCAACUUCCAGUUUGAUCAAGUCAGGAGCUACAUCUCUGCUGAAGGAAUCUCCAUCAGAAAAGCCAAGGAAUUCCUGGUGCGUCAGACCCACUCCAUGAGGAAAAGACACACAGCACUGAAAGCUGCAAAGCAGCAGUGGCACCAAGAUGUGCAGAAAGCACAGGAGGUGGUGCAAGAUCCUGACAACUCCCAGCUCCUGGAGGGAAUGCGCAAGAACCUGGAAGAGGAAGCCAAGCAGCUGGACAAGAUGAAGUCGGCUAUGCGGAAAGGACAGGUGCUGCUGAAGAAGAAGGAAGAAAAGCUAAGCCAGCUGGAGUCGUCCUUGUUGGAGGAGCUUUCAGAUGAAGAUACACUAAAGAGUGUUGCAUGCAAGAAGAUGGUGACUUUUGAUCUCAGCAGCUCUGAGGACACAAACAGUAUAUCCAGUGCAAACGUACAUUUGCCAAAGUCUGACCUGCGAACAGAGGUGCAGAUUGCCCUACAGCAGGACAAGAUCCAGUACUUGACAAACUCUGUGCAGCACAUCACCAACGAGCUGAAUGGGGUCCUCGGCGUUCUGAGCUCUCUGAACACCCUCCAGCCUCCGCUCCUCACUUCAACACAGGUGCCCCUGCAGGUUCCCUGUGACAGCAUUCCUCUUUCUACGUAUUCCACCUUGGCAGGAUUGCAGGCAGGUGCCUCCUCGAGGCCCUCUGCUGGGCUGUCUGUGCCUGACCAGUGGGCCUGGGGCACUGGGCUGAGCUCCAGCCGCUCCUUCGUGGCUGGGCAGUCAGUGGACCGUUUCCUGGCAGAGAAGUGGCACAAGUACUUUCCAGGUGGGUUCCCAUCAUCCAGUGGAAGUUCUGGUCCUUCAGACAACAAGCUGGGAUAUGUACCUGCAAGUGAGCAGAUGCGCGUGUUCCAGAGCCGUGAGUCAGACAAGAUGAGUAUUCAAGGAAUGAUUGAGACCAACAAGAAAUGGCUAGAAGACUUCAAGAGUGAUUCAAGGAUACCUCUCUUCCCAGGCGCAGAGAAGCCCCCUGCCAGCAGCUCCAGCCUACUUCAGCUAGGGCUGGAUGAAAACAGACAAAUUAAAGUGUACCGUUACUGAAAGGUGGGACUUGAUGUUUUCAGCCCUCGACUCUGGGCACAGGACCUGGAGAGAUGAUAGCUGGGGGCUGUGCAGUCUCUCUAAUGGUACGGUGGGUUUUGGUGAUACCCAGCCAUCUCUGUCUUUGUGCUGUGCCCUUGAAAUAAAGUCUCUUUACAAGAGAGUGGAGGGAGGAGGAAGUGAAGUUCCCAGGUGGAUUCUUCUAAUCCUGUAAUGUGUCCAAAUAUACUUUAUAGACUGUUUAAUCCAGUGGUGAAAUAUCAGGGCUUCAAUAAAUCAACAGUUCUCUCAUUAGUAUUCUAGAAACUGUGAGACAUAGCUGUGAAUCAUGGAGAACUUUGAGUAACUGGUCAAGGGGGAGGACAUGAAUCUAGCUGAGACUUUGCUAGAGGAAAUGUAUCAGGAAAUGAGCCCACACUGAUGCCCAACAAAUGCUUAAUUACAGAUGAGCCAAGUCAUCUGGCUUCUGUGGCGAGUGCAUGAGCAGAGGAGAACGGGCAGCAAAAUGGCUAUAGAAUUGGGAAACAGCAGAUUUUGACUCUGGGAAAUGUUCCUCUCUUCUGGUGUGGAAACAAUAGGAACAAAACCAAGGGUGGUUUUCAUGGCAGAUAUUGUAGGAAAGAGUUCCCUGCGUCCUCCUCUUUCUGCCAGGCUGGCCAGAACUGCGCAGCAUAACUGUGCUAUGGGAGCUCAGCUCAUGUAUUACAAAUGUGCUGAUGGCAACACGGAGCAGGGAUGGCAGGAGAGCGAGCAGCAGUGUCUGCUGGUGCAGGCAGUGCUGGGGAACUCAGCCUAGUGUGACUGCGAGGAGACAAAGCCCCAUCUGCAUCCUUCCAUGCCCUGGGGAAGGGGAUCUGGAGCUCAGCAGCUGGGGCUCUUCCUGCACAGCAGGGCUGCGUGGCAGACCUGAGCGCUGGCCUCGCUGCUUGGAGCAGCUCUCCCAAAACCUUGAAACAAGGCUGGGAGCAGGGCUGGGGGGUUGGCACACGCUGUGCUCCGAUGUGAGCUCACACCUCAGCAGGUGGCUGUGGUUGUGGUGCUUUGGAUGGGCUGCAUUCAGAGCACAGCCACGUCCUGCUGGCGUGCAGAGGUCGGUGGGGGCUGCUUGAACCAGAGGGGUGGGAGAAAUCAGGCCGUGCUUUCAUACCACUAAGUGGGGAAAGUGGUAUUUGGUUGUUUUAUCAGUCAUUCCUCCGAGCUGACUUUAAAUAUUUAAUGCUGUAAAAAAACACUGUACCAUUUGCUAUUUUGUCUGAUGAGAAGUCUGCAUUUCAAGGGAUCCCAUCUGUGAGAAAUCAGCUUCAAAGUCGCUCUCUCUGGAGACAGCUGAUGCGGGGAGGAUGGCGAAGUUGCUGCUCUUCACCCUUCAGUGCUGUUUGUGCUUCUCAGUGGCUAAUGAUGUGCAGCAGAGUAAAGCACAGCUCCCCCUUCCUGACUGUUGUGCACUGGCACAGCAUUGCAGCGAUUUGUGCUGUGAGGGUGGCAGGGGAAUGUUUACAUGCAAAUAGAAAUAUAUUUUUGAUGAACAUUUUAAAACUCUCAGGAAGAAUGUCCGUAUUUGCAUUUAUUUUUAUUCUUUUGGGGCUGAACUCCUCAAUAUUUUCUAAAUUCCUUAGCCAGCCUUUGUCCUGGGAUCUUCUGGAGUGGGUAGCAUCAUGCUCAUGUCCUUGCUGAAGAAAUCCCAGCUGGGCUGAGCUGGGAGACCUCGUGUGACCACAGGGAAUGGCAGCUGUGUGGGGCAAUCCCUUCUCCAUAGGAAGGGAUGGAUGGAAAUGCAGAUUUCCUGUCUGCUGUCAGAUUAUGCCAAUCCCUGCCUAGAGGGAUUUUGCUUUUGGUUUCCCAGCUCUUGGUGGAACACGUGGCAGAAUCUCUAGUUAUAUUUUGGACUUCUGGCUCCCUGAAGGUGGGGGGAGGCUGUCAGCACGGUGGAUGCUGCACCCAAAGCCGUGCAGCUGAGCUCAGGCUGCAUUCUGAAAAGCAUAGAUUGGUGGUGUGGGGGAAGCGCCUGCUUUCUUAGCAAUAAUACAUUUUGAAACAUGUUUAUUCUUCCUGUUGAAACUUGUGAUCGCUGUAUCUGGUUUUGUAAGCAAAUUAAAUCAACACGAGUCUGUUUU